AUGAAGGGAGGAGGAAAUAUUACCGAGAUCACCCGAUUCAUCCUCCUGGGAUUCUCAGAUUUCCCCAGAAUCACAGCACUGCUCUUCAUCAUAUUCCUGCUCAUCUACAUCACAGCUCUGACCUGCAACCUGUGCCUCAUUGUUUUAAUAAGGAUGGAUUCCCACCUCCACACCCCCAUGUACUUCUUCCUCAGUAAUCUGUCCUUCAUAGACCUCUGCUAUGUCUCCUCCACAGUCCCUAAGUUGCUCUUCAACUUCUUCCAGGAAAAGCAAACAAUCAGCUUUGUGGGCUGUAUAGCUCAGUACUUCUUCUUCUCGACUAUGGGGCUGAGUGAAUGUUAUCUCAUGACAGCCAUGGCCUAUGACAGGUAUGCUGCCAUUUGUGAACCACUGCUCUAUACAUCCAUCAUGUCACCCACCCUCUGUAUUUGGAUGGUGAUGGGCUCUUAUAUGGCAGGAUUCACAGGUUCUUUACCUCAGAUUUGUUCCUUACUGCAGCUCCACUUCUGUGGGCCUAAUGUCAUCAGGCACUUUUUCUGUGACAUACCCCAGCUUCUACUUCUGUCCUGCACUGACACUGUCUUUAUCCAGGCUCUGAUUGCUAUAAUAGCAGUGUUGUUUGGCAUAGUGAACGCAUUGCUUAUCAUGAUAUCCUAUGUUUAUAUCGCCAUGUCCAUCAUGAGGAUAACAUCAGCUAAAGGCAGGUUCAAGGCAUUCAACACCUGUGCUUCUCACCUGACAGCAAUUUCCCUCUUCUAUGCCUCAAGUGUAUUUGUUUAUUUUAGUUCAAGUUCAGGUGGCUCCUCCAGCUUUGACAGGUUUGCUUCCUUGUUUUACACUAUGAUAAUUCCCAUGUUGAACCCCUUGAUUUACAGUCUGAGGAACAAGGAAAUCAAAGAUGCCAUGAAGAGAUUGCAGAAGAAGACAUACCAUUGCUAA